AUGACAACGGCUUUCGAACACACAGAACUCUUUGGCGGAGCCAUCACAGCUAAUAUACCCUCCAACUUUGCCGAUGUCAGCAAUGUUCGCCAAGUUCCAGACAAUCAAGAAGCCUACCUCGACAAAAACGGCUUCAUAUCCCUGACUUUCGAUAUCACUGAACGAGUCUCUCACCUUUCAACUGACAAAGAAGCUCUGGAAUACCACUUCGCUGAUAUCGUUGCGGAAAAAGAUACUAAGAGCAUGAGGUCCAUUGUUGAAAACGCAGAGCUGCCUAACUUCCCACCUCCCACACCCGUUCUUGCUCUCACAGCAAUCACCAAACCUCCUGCUUCGACCGUAGCUGCAAAUUCUCUCACCCCUACUCAUACCGACAUCUAUUUCACUCUCAUCCGGCUGGUAGAGCAGAGCACGGAUAUAGUCAUCACGUUGAACACACCCCAUCUCGCUAGUGAGACCGAGGGCCAGAUACCAAAUGAGACAGAAACCGGGACACUACACGGGGAGACCGAACAGGAAGUAGGAAAUAUGUACCACCAGAUUGUGACGAGCUUCGCGAUCAAAGACUGGGGACUGUUCAGCGGCGAGUAA